AGAGAGAGGGAGAGCAACAGCGAGAGAGAGAGAGAUAGAGAGCAACAGCGAGAGAGAGAGAGAAAGGAGCGACAGACAGAGAGAGCAAUAGCGAGGGAGACCGUGCAACAGAGAGAGUGCGACAGACAGAAAAGUAGAGAACAGUGGGUGGCCCACCAUCGCUCCCACAAGACGCAGCGUUGA